AUGUCCGAACCCGAAGUCAGUAAAAAACGCAAAGGUGGCGCAGAAAAAGUGCGAAUAAAGAAACAGAUUAUGUUAAAAAAUGAAGCGAAAAACUGUUCAAAUAUUUUAAACAUGUUUUCCAAAUCUAAGGAUAAAAGUAAUAUUAUAAGAAGUAUAAGUACUAUGAAUGAUACUGAUCAAGAUAUUUUAUGUAGUACAGAAACAGAAUUGACAGGAAAUGUAGAUAAAAAUGUAACUGAAAUAGAUACUCCUAUAUGUACUAUUCUUGAAUCAAGUAGUACUCCUAGCAAUUAUAAUUACUUUCAAAAACCAAUUACCACAAAAUUAUUUACUGACCAAUUGUCCAAGAAAAAAAGUGAAGUCACCAAAAAUCUUAACAUUGUUGAACGUGUAAUUGAUGUAAUUAAAUUAAUUGGCAAAAGAGGGCUGAGCUUUAGAGGUCAUUUGAAUGAAUGUUCAAGAAGUUUAAAAGAUCCUGCUAUUGAUCAUGGAAAUUUUUUGGAUAUUCUUUUACUCUUGAAAAAAUAUGAUAAAUCAAUAGCAAAGGAUGUUAGAGAAUCAGGAAUGUUUUCGAUACAACUAGAUACAACUCAGGAUAUUUCUGUGCAAGAUCAAUGUUCUGUUGUAGUAAGGUAUGUAAAUUCAAAAGGUAUUCAAGAAAGGUUAUUAUCAGUUGUAACCAUACAAAAAUCAACUGGUAAAAGUUUUGCUGAUAUGUUGGCUAAUAUUCUUACUGAAAAUGACUUGGAUGUUAAGAAGUGUGUUGGUAAUGCUACGGAUGGUGCUGCCAAUAUGCAAGGGCAAUUUAAUGGGUUUUCAGCUUGGCUUGAAAAAUUGUCUCCUAAUCAAGUCCACAUUUGGUGUUAUGCCCACAUAUUAAAUUUAGUUGUCAUAGAGUCUACAAAAUCCCCACUCAAUGCAGCAGCUUUAUUUGUAACAUUGAACGAUGUAGCUAUAUUUUUUAAGGAAUCAUACAAGCGAAUGAAUAUUUGGGUCAACAUAAUGGAGACAAAUGAUAAAAGAAGAUUGCAAGCAAUUGGUAACACACGAUGGUGGUCCAAGGAAAAAGCUCUAACACAUAUUUUUGGUGAUGAAGGUUUAUAUUUUGAGGUUAUUUUGGCUCUAAAUACAAUAGAAAACUUAAAUGAAUUUACACCUGAAGCAAACCCAUUAUCCAAGUAUCUUCAAACAAAGGGCAUGGACUUGCUGAAGUGUCAAGGAAUGGUUAGUGGAGCAAUUACUAAUUUAAAACAAAUUCAGAGGGACUUCAAUGGAGUUAAAAAAAUUUCGAAAAAGUUUAUAGAUAUUAUGUCAGAAAAAUUAGAACAGUCACAAAUAGCUGAUGAUGUAGAUAUUGAAAAUGAAUUGCCCUCUAUAAGAUCUAGAAAACGUAAAGCAUUAGAUGGAGAAGAAACAUAUGAUAAUCAAAUUAUGAACAGUGAAACAAAGUAUAUGAUUGAAGUACAUAAUGUCAUAAUGGACAAUACUAUCACAAGCAUUGAGAAAAAGUUUUUAGGAAAUAAAAAAAUGUACACUGAUUUUGCUUGUUUAUCGCCAAGUUAUUUUGAGGAUUUACAAAAAAAUAAUCUUCCAGCCACUGCAUUAUAUGAGCUCACUAGUAAAAUUAAACCUUUUGAACAAACAAUAACUACUGAUGGCUUAAAAAGUGAACUACUUAGUUUCUCCAGAAAUUGGAGCAACUUAAAAAAAUCUAUUCCAGAAACGUAUGAAGCUUACAAAAAUGUUGAAUCAGAUGAUGGUGAUUUGUUUGAUAAUGAAAUAAGUACUGAAAAAUCACACUGCAAGACUUGUAUGAAUUGUGCAAUCUGUUGCUACUCUGUACUACAAAAAUACAACUUAUAUUGUAAUGCUUAUAGCAACUUAGCAUUAGCUUAUAAAUAUCUGCUAACCUUGCCAUGCUCACAGGUAGCUUGUGAAAGGUCUUUUUCUUUCCUGAAAUGUAUAAAGACUAGACUUCGUAGCACAUUAAGUGAAAAUAAAUUAGAAGCAUUUAUGCUUAUGGGAAUAGAAAAAGACAUCCUCUAUGAAAUAGACAACCAUGAAGUUAUUGAGUUACUAAAGUCUAAAAGCACAUUACUGAAGAACAAAUUGUCUUACUAA